AUGUGGACGGGCGAAGAGCAGCUGGACCACGAGCAAGGCGUGAACACACAUAGCCACAUCAAUGGCGUCCUCGUGCCCAUGAGGCUGGCUGGGCCAUCGUCUUCCGAUAAUUCAUUUGAAACGUCCGACUCGGACUCGGAUGCCUCCAUACCGGCCGUGCUGCCCGAGAAGAAGGCCAAGACGACGCAGGCCAAGACGCAGGCGGGCGACGGUAGUCAGGAGCUCGACUGGGUCAAGGAGACGAGACAGACGAUACAAGCUAUGGAAGCCGAGUUUCGGGACGUGCUCAAGGCCGAGCAGGAGAGGCACCAGACACAGAUCAACACGCUGAAGGCUGAGCAUGAACAGGAGCUCAGGGUUCAGAGAGAGAAGUAUGAGACGAGGAUGGAUGAUCUCAUCUCGAUCAUGAAGAGCGUGGGGCGUAGCAAUUAA